GGUGUCGCUCCCACCUGUACCGCCAUUGCCUGUUCCCCACCGCAAUCGAUCGAAAACGGAGAAAUCCUUGGCAAUAAUUACCAUCUUGGAAGUCAGAUACGAUAUCGUUGUAAUUCGGGCUUUAUUCUCGACUCGGUCUCGUUCCGUUUGUGUAUGUACAGCAAAAUGUGGUCGGGUCCUGAGCCAAACUGCAAUAAGGUACGAUGUAUAUUACCACGAACGCCUCCUAAUGCCAGAAUCACGAGUCCGAGACAGCCAAACUAUUUUUAUGGGGAUACCGUCCAGCUUGAAUGUAAUGAAGGUUAUGAACUAACGAGAGGACAUCAUACUAGAAGAUGCGAGGCAACAAGAAAGUGGUCACGCCCCAUUCCCCGAUGUACAAUUAUAAUGUGUGAUGACAUUCCAGCUAAACCUAAUGCCAUGACAAAUCUCUUGAAUGGAACAACAACUUAUAAAAGCAUGGUUGAGGUACGGUGCAACGAAGGUUUUAAAAGCAUAGGCGGAUCGGUCGUUACUGCCACCUGCGAAUUGAGCGGCAGAUGGUCAGCAGUACGUAUCGAAUGUUCCAGAGCAGAAUGUGAAGAUCUUCCGAUCAUCAGCAAUGCACGGGUUAGCGGCGAUAGUUUCCUUUAUGGUGACACACUUACUGUCGAGUGUAUUGACGGGUAUUCCAUCAAUGGCGACACUCAAUUAUCGUGUCAAGGAGAUGGAUCUUGGUGGUCUGCCAUUGCCCCUACAUGUUCAAUCAUUUCAUGUGGAAAUCCAGGAGAGUUUGAGAAUGGGCAGAUUGAAGGUUCUCUGUUCGAUUUCAACCACGAAAUAGUUUAUGCGUGUGGUAUUGGAUAUGAACUCGUAGGAUCCGAAAGACGUACUUGUCAACAGAACGGAUUAUGGAGUGGUUCUGUACCAACAUGUCGACUUAUAACCUGCACUGUUCCUGCUAUUUGGAAAGGAUCACCUUCUUCUGUGAAAGUCCAAUAUGUCGUUGAUGACAUAGUGUCAUACAAUUGUGAUGAAGGUUAUGUCAUGGUUGGUAACACCGAUCUUGUCUGUACUUCCGAUGGAUCGUGGAAUGGCACACUACCCCAGUGUGAUAGAAUAACCUGUCCUCAGCCAGAAAGGAUAUUCAACGGUGAAGUCAUGACCAACGGUGAGGUCUACCAGAGUCGCGCUAUCUUCUCAUGCGACGAAGGAUUUGAAUUGGAGGGUGUAAAAGUGUUAAUGUGUAUAGAAAACGGAAAAUGGAGUGCCGAAUUUCCUGUCUGUAAUCCAGUCAGCUGUGGUGAACCAACAUUUGUCGCCAACUCUGGACGUCUGGGAGACUUGUACACAUAUGGAAACCUUCUCACAUAUUUCUGUGAAGAUGGGUACACCCUGGAAGGAGAUGAUGUCCUUGUAUGUUUGGAGGACGCCACAUGGUCAAGUUUCCCACCUCAGUGUGAGCCGAUCUCUUGCGGUACUCCACCUGAAAUACCACAAACAAUUCGCGCAGGCGACGACUUCAGUUUCAAGAAUAAGGUGUACUACACGUGUGAAACUGGAUACGAAUUACAGGGGAACAGUAUGCUUCGUUGUGCCGCAAACAGUAUUUGGGAGGGCAGCAUGCCCGUCUGUUCAGCAGUGGAUUGUGGCGCACCACCAGUGUUGCCACACUCCACCACCAUUGUUUUUGCCACCACAUUCGACAGUGUUGUCACUUUCCGCUGUAACCCCGGGUUUACACUGAGAGGAGAUCCGAUGGUUAAAUGUUCUGCUAAUGGAACGUGGAGUCUUGACCGUUCUCUAUCCUGUCUUGCAGUGGAUUGCGGUCCCCCUCCCACGAUCCCGAAUUCCGAAGUGUCUGUAUCAUCAACGACGUAUCCCUCCGAGGCAACCUAUUCUUGUGCUGCUGGAUUUUUUAUGUCUGAGAAUGCUGUAUUACGUUGCGAUGAAACUGGCAAUUGGAUUGGGUUGAAUCCACGAUGUGAAAAAAACAGCUGUGGAGCACCGAAAACUCGAAGCAACGUGAUCGUAAUCGGCAAUGACCAUCUUCUUGGCGGAACUGUCACGUUUUCGUGUCCUGUAGGUUACAUUUUGAUUGGAAAAACGAAUAUGAGCUGUACAUCUUCAGGGGAAUGGAGUGGUACCUCACCAGAAUGUCAAGUUGUUUCAUGUGGAGAUUUCCCGUUGUACGAUUCCAACCUUAUCGUUAGGACCGGAACGAAGGAUGAGUACGUGUACGCUGACAACAUAGAUUUGAUCUGCAAGGAGGGAUACGUUCUUGUGGGGACUUCGUCCUCUCAGUGCCAAGCCAAUGGAAGAUGGAGCGCUGUGAACCCAUCAUGCAUAGAGGCAAAUGUCGAAGCCUGCCCAGCACGACACGAUUUGGCAAACGCGAAUACCAUCCCUUCUGCUUAUAGAGAGGGCGAGAUGUACACAGUGGAGUGCAUGACGGGAUAUCGUGGUAUCGGUAACAUGGAAGUCACGUGUACUCCUGAGAACGUUUGGUCCAAUCCAAGUGGAAUUUGUCGAAGAAUCUCUUGUGGAAAGCCUCCAGUGACUGACAUGGUGAAUAUCAUCCGAAUAUCUGGUCGCUCCUAUUUUUACGGAGACAGAGUACAAUUCCGGUGUAGGCCUGGAAUAGCUCCGAUCAAAGUACCACCUAUCUUAUCAUGUCAGGCAAAUGGUGAAUGGGACGGCGAAAUAGCCUGCUCACUUCCUUGUAAAGGUGGAUGUUUCAACGGAGGACAUUGCCUCGGUUUGUAUGGAUGCAAAUGCCCCACCGGUUAUGGCGGUAGGCGAUGUGAAAAGGCCCUGUGUAUUUUGCCAUGCUUACACGGUGGAAGAUGUACGGCACCAUAUCACUGUUCGUGUCCUUCGGCUUACACCGGCGUCAGAUGUCAAAAACCAAUCUGUAACCAGCCCUGUCAAAACGGAGGACAGUGCGUUAAACCGAAUAGGUGCCAAUGUCAACAUGGUUUCAAACCACCUUUCUGUGCAAUCGGCAAGUGAGAUGACAUUCCUGCCCUUCCACCUACACACUACUACUACUAGCAGCCUGCCUCUGGUCAGUCAGUCUGUGGAGGAAGCCCGUGGCAGCUGCUCAGCAGCAUUCAACUGCGAUCGAAAGAACAACACUCAAUCCAACUCAAAGAUCAACCUCAACCACACAACAACAACCAAAACAACUACACAUCACGACAAAAAACAACAACCAAAACUACUCAUCACAAACAACUAAACA